AUGGGUGUGAAUGCCUCCAGCUACCCUCACUCGUGCUCACCUCGAUGGGGUAACCCACAGACCCAGCAGACCUUCAUAGGCGCCUCCUAUGCACCACAGGGUUAUGGCGGCGAGUCCAAGCUCUACAGCCUAGAACAUGGCCCUGAAAAACCUCAGGACAAGAAGAAAAAAAGCUCCGGUUUGGCCACCCUCAAGAGGAGAUUCAUUAAGCGACGCAAAUCCAGUCGGUCUGCUGAUCAUGCACGACAGAUGCGCGAGCUUCUAUCGGGUUGGGACGUGCGUGACGUCAAUGCCCUGGUGGAGGAGUAUGAGGGCACAGCAGCACUCAAAGAGCUCAGUCUGCAGGCGGGCCUGGCCCGGCCCGAGGCUCGCACCCUGCAGCGUGAUUUAGCCACCCUUUAUCAGCACAAGUACUGCACUGAUGUGGACCUGAUCUUCCAGGAUUCCUGCUUCCCAGCACACCGUGCCAUUCUGGCUGCCCGCUGCCCGUUCUUCAAGACCUUGCUUUCAUCAUCACCGGUUUACGGGGCAGAAGUGUUGUUAGACGUUGGAACGGUGGGCAUGGAUGCGCCCAUGUUCUCCUCAUUGCUGCAUUACCUCUACACAGGUGAGCUGGGCUCAGAGGACGUGAGGUUGCAGAAUGUGGAUGUGCUGGUCAGAUUGAGCGAGGAGUUCGGUACGCCCAACUCCUUAGAAGCCGACAUGCGAAACCUCAGUGAGCACAUGCCUUAUUUUGACUCACUGCUGAGCUUCUCUUCAGACUCUGAGCUGGUGGAGGCUUUCGGAGCAGGUGGGCCUGCUCCAAGUGGCACAGGAGUUGGAAACGCAGGGGUGAACCAUAGCUCGCCUGAUGAGGAGCUAAGGGCCCACAAGGCAGUGCUCUCGGCGCGCUCCCCAUUCUUCCGCAACCUGCUGCAACGACGCAUCCGCUCAGGUGAGGAGAUCACAGACCGAACUCUGCAAACCCCUACCCGUAUUAUCCUCGACGAAUCCAUCAUUCCCAAGAAAUAUGCCCGUGUGGUCUUGCACUGCAUGUACACCGAUGCUGUGGACCUUUCGCUGGUGCUGCGCGGGAGCCCUUCUGAAGGCAGUCUUGGUGAAGUACAAGCGCUGGUGGCAGGAAGAGGGUGCAUGAGUCGGGCCGAAGAGGCCAUGGAGCUCUACCACAUCGCCCUCUUCUUGGAGUUCAGCAUGCUGGCUCAGGGCUGUGAAGACAUUGUGGCAGACAGCAUCUCUCUGGACUCGGUGGUGGCCAUCCUGAAGUGGAGCUCACAGCCAUACGGCUCCAAAUGGGUUCAUCGGCAGGCCAUGCACUUCCUGUGCGAGGAGUUCAGCCAGGUCAUGACCUCCGACGUCCUCUACGAGCUUAGCAAGGAGCACCUGCUGGUGGCUAUUCAGUCUGAUUACCUGCAGGCCAGUGAACAGGACAUCCUCAAGUAUGUUGUGAAGUGGGGCGAACACCAGCUCAUCAAGAGGAUGGCCGAUAGAGAGCCUAACCUGUUAAGUGGUACUGCACAUAGUGUGAAUAAACGUGGCGUGAAAAGAAGGGAUCUGGACCUGGAAGAGCUUAAAGAGAUUCUCUCUCCACUGCUGCCUUUCGUCAGAACUGAGCACAUAUUACCAACCAACAGUGAGGUCCUCUCUGACACUAUGAAGAGGGGUCUAAUCAGCACCCCUCCCUCUGACAUGCUGCCCACAGCGGAGGGAGGCAAAGCCAACGCCUGGCUCCGGCAGAAGAGUGCUGGCAUUUAUGUCCGCCCACGGUUAUUCUCUCCUUAUGUGGAGGAGGCCAAGGCGGUUUUGGAGGAGAUGAUGGUUGAGCAGACUGACCUGGUUAGGCUGCGCAUGGUUCGUAUGUCCAAUGUACCUGACACACUCUACAUGGUAAACAAUGCCGUCCCCCAGUGUUGUCACAUGAUCAACCACCAGCAAAUGGCUGGCAGCCAGACAGCUCCACCGUCUGUGGUUGCUAAUGAAAUACCAGUGCCCAGGCUGGCAGUGGUGAAGGAAAUGAUCCGUAGGCUGCAGGAGCUGCGUCACACAGACCAGGUGCAGCGAGCGUAUGCUUUGAACUGCGGUGAGGGCGCCACAGUCAGCUACGAGCUGCAGAUCCGUGUGCUCCGAGAGUUUGCUCUACCUGAUGGGGCUGCAGAACUCCUACAGAAUCCGCACAAAUUCUUUCCCGAGGAGCGUUUUGGAGAUGAGAGUCCCGUCCUGGCCUUGCGUCAGUCAGGUCGCUGCCGGGUCAACAGUACACCAGCUGUGGAGAGCAUGUUCACUGACCUGGAGGCUCUGGUGGGCUUCCACCCCCCUCUGCCCCCUCCUCCUCCACCCUAUCAUCCCCCGACCACCCCAGGCCAUAGCCAGCAGCAGUAUAAAACGGGCUGGAGACCUCGGGUCCCCACCCAACCUCCCUCCAGAUCUUUCUCCUACCCCUGCAAUCAUGCACUCCUUCACAGGCAGCCCUCUUCCAAGAUGGGCAGCCCAGUCUACCCACCAGGAGCCAAGCCCCUGCCCCCAGACUGCACUAAUGCACAGGGGGGGAGAAAUCUUCAUCCUGACAAGCAAAUGAACAUGGAGCCUGUUAUCAACGAGUUCAUGCCAGACAUCGCCAUGGGUGUUUCAGCAUUGAGCCUGAAGGAGCGGCGCCUUCCGGAGGUCUCCAUGGAGGUGGAGAGUCACGAAGCCCACCCUCACCUUUCUACAGCUCCUCCCAUGUCCCACAGCUACUCCAGUCGUCACCCGCACUCCUCCCGCAAGCGGCAUGCAGUCGAACCUAAGCCUGAGGGCCCGCAGCCCGACUUCCCAGAUCUCUACGAGUUCCCAGGCCGUCACGUGCCUCCCUACAGCGGACCGGACCUCUAUAUCCACAGCCGUCAGGCAGGUGGUGGAGCGCCACCUCCGUCCUACUCCGAGGCUUCAGAAUCCCUCCGCCUGGAUGUGCUGGAACAGCCUCCACAGAGACUAGACUUGGCAAUCGUCUCGCAAGGGGGCGUUGCACAAGCCGUGCAGAGGUCAUGGCCCAUGAAUGAGACGGACCUCACCUGUGGGCUUGGCCCCUCAACAGAACAGUAUGAGGAAUGGCCCACGGGCCGCCGGCCUGCUCCAGAAGCAAUGGGGCUUGGCUUAGGGGCGAACGUUGGGUCUGGGGACGAGGGAGGCUUGGGUGCUCGAGACCGCAGGUCGCCCAGCAAACCCGAAUACCCCUACAGGAAGUCUGCUCUCUGACCCCUGAUUAAAGAGAGACUGAGGACUGAUUUAAAUGCUAAGUGUAAGCUAACAGGUGAGGCACCAGCAGUCCUGCACUUUGUGUUCUUUUGAGGGAAGACCGUAUCUUGAAGUGAUGAAUGCCCAUAAGCUGGGCCAGUGGCUGCUUUCCUGAAGGCUAAAGGGAGAUCUAGAUCGGUUUGAAACCCAGUGAGGAGAGCUUGGUUUGGUUGUGUGCACCCUGAAAAUAGAUUUUAUGUAUGGAUAUUAAUGUAGAAGCAUCACAGUAUAUUUCUUUUACUUUUAUUUUUCUGAACAGACUAUGAUGACUGGAGAAAUACACAUUCAUCUAUAUGCACAAAUUUAGUUUCUUAGGAGUAAACUGAAAAAAAAUAUGAAGGCAAUAAGUUGCAAACUCAUUACUUUGUCUAGUCCUUGACAAAGGACUCCUUCUUCUUUUGAGGGCAGAGUGGCAGUAAUAGCUCAUGUAAUCUGCUGCAUACGCUGGCUUUUACAUUAGCCUGUGCAAUUUAAGAGCCGAGAUGGAACAUGAAAGGGAAAACCAAUGAAAUCCCCUGUCUCCUAUGAGGCAACUUAUCAGGCAUAACAAUGGCACAGAUGCACCAUUAAAUGUGAAUGGGGCUUUGUUUUAGCGUGUUUCACAACUCCGAUCUGCAGAUUCAUUCCAGUAUAUUUUAACUUUUAAAAACGAUCUGUUCUCUCUAACAAAAAUUUGGCAUCGCCUCUUGUAUUCAGAUUCUCAUUCCAAGACUGGAGUUGGUGGCAUUCCUGAGAGACGGCAAAUAUGAGUUGAUCAUUAUCAGCCACGUUCUCCAGAACCGUACAGGACGCUCAACCAAACCAACCUCACGCCACAUCCUCAGUCCUCUGGUUCAGUAGGACGGCAGCAGCCCUUUCCUGUGCUAGUUCUGUCAGCAGAUGGCCAACAAUUAUGAUGUCAUGAACAGGCUUUGCAAAAAAAAAAAAAAAAGAGAAUUCUUGGAAGUGUCAUGGAUUUAGACACAAGUAUUUACUUUUGAUUUGCUACACAACACUUUAAGAAACAAUAUCAUACACACUGCUGCACAACCUACUUAUAGAUGAAGUGACUUAUUUUAAGCUUGUUUUUUAGCAUCUGAAAUACCUGUAUUCUUAAAUAACUGUGCAAUAGUGCCGCUUUUUCAUUUUAAAUAUUAAUUUAGCUUUCUUCUGCUUACAAUAAAAACCUUUUCUCAGAUAAUACUGACACAGCAAAUAUGCAGGCUAGUUCAGUCAGAAAUGCAAAUUGUGUCCUCAUUUAGUCGUUGUGUGGUUCCAAACCAAUGUAACUUUUUUCUCUCUGUAGAACACAGAAGAAAAUAUUCAGAAGAACAACAACAUCAACAUUUGACCCCUUUGACUUUCACUGUGUUCUGCAGAAAGAACAUUUAUCUUACAGAUUUGAAACAACCGGGUUAGUGAAUGAUGAAGGAAUUAACAUUUUGGGGGAACUAUUUCCUUUAAGAUAAUCAACAAUAGCCUUUCCCCACAAGCGAUGAUGGUACUGUAUUCUCACAUGCCCUCAAAUAUUAUUAUAUAAGAAUCUGAUGUUGUAUUAGGCCGGAUGGGACCUCUGUUGAAUAUCUGAAAUGAUCCUCCGCUGUAUCCAUCCCACAAUCACUUCAAGUGCUUCUUUCUUUGGAGCACGAGAAGCGUUUUAUUGGUUGAAAGCACAACAUUAGGAGAAAUACUAAGAAUGUCAUUUCAUUUCGUCGGAUAAAAAGUGCUCAGACAGUUUCCACGCUGGUAAAAGGCUUGAGUUUCAGUCGGAUGGCCGGUCAGAUUUGAUUUAUUUUUGACUGUUAAGUACCCACAGUUAGACCAAAGAUGAGUUUGGGAGGAUGUUUGUGCUGCUUGGUGAAUCUCGGAAGCAUUUUAUUUCAUCUCCCAGCUUUCUUUCCAGUUGAGUUUCAUGUUUGUUACUCAAGACUCUUUGGUGACCGUGACCAUCGGAGGAGCAUUUGUAAUGGAUUGAUAUUAUCGUUCUCUCGCCAGGCACUUAAGAGUUAAAUUAGGCUUAGUACUGCUGUGUCUGUAGUUCCAGACUCAAGACCUUACUCUGGGUAACGCAGUGCUCCAUCUUAAAUCUCAUAAGGUCUUCUGUGCCAGAGAGACUCUACCUCUGAUCAGCUUCUCUCAACAUAUUUCAGUCGAUUCGAUUUCCCUUCUUUAUAUUCUUUUCAACUUAUUCAGACAUUUUGAGCCUCACUUUGAACAUUUAUCAUUGGGGAACCAGAACCAACAGCUGGAAGUCAGAUUUUCAACCCUUUCUCACAUUCUUUUCCACCUUUUCUUUACACUUGCUGUUUUAUUAGAACUUAACAGCGCAGUUAAGAGAUAUGUGAGAACAGCACCAUCCUGCAUGAUAAUUAACUCCGAUCUAAAGUUGUCACAGUUGUUAUUCUUCAUCUACCCUUGGUUGUUGUUCAGAGUUGUUAGCUGCCUGAUGCAGUUGCAAUAUGACGAGCGGGUCUUCCUGGACUCCUACUCCAGCCCACCUCUGAGUCAAGCCUGGAAGAGUCGUGAACCCUGAGUGGGAGAGCUCCAGUUUGCCAUCCCGCGAAGCUUCAGAGGGUCAGAUCCAAAAAUAGAUCCAGCGUAGACCCUAGCUGGGGUGCAAGUGAUCUCCUCAGAGAGUUGAAUCAAACUGAGAUUGGUAGGAGGCUGUUCGUCUCCUCUGAAUGUCAAGGGCAUCGCUCUGCGGCUCUCUUUACAUCAGGCUUAUCAGAUACAUGAAGAUCUUCAGUCCCUGGUGCAAACUGUUGAUAAUAGAUCAUGAGAAUGAGCUUUCAGUAUCGGUUUCUUUCAAAAUGCAAUGCAUCGCAGCCUACUUAUGCCUACCUUCCCUGACCUCAUUCUGCAGCAAAAAGAGGACGAGUGCAGCGAUUUACUAACCACAUUUAUUCAAAAUAAAAAGAGAUUUGUUUCACAUAGCAGGUGUUUCACUGAAAUUUUACCGUUUGAUAACAAAUCAAUGCAACCGUCACGUGACUUGUUUUACCACCAGCUCACACGUUGUUCUUUUGUGUCGGAAGCUCUUGUCUAAAGCGCAGUCGUUUUAAAUUAAUUGUAAGUCAGUAUUUUUGAGCUGUGGGUCCAGCCUUCUGUACCAAUGGCAUUUUGUGUUGGGUCAUCUGACGAGCAAAGACCUUUCGGUAUGUUCUCUUUCCCUCAGUUAUUUAUUUCCUGUUUUUAUGUAACAGUUGCAUGUUAGUUCUGAUUUUCCCGUUACCUGUAACUCCAAGCAUUGAGUAAUUGGCAUCAGCACUUCCCUUCGAGGCAGCCGAGAGGAGAUCUGAGGUCUGUCAUGUCAUUCUAGCGAAUCGCACUGAAUGCUUAACUAUGACCCAAAAUUAACGGAUGGAUAUUUAGGCCUACUGCUGCUACUCAGAGGUUUUUCCCACCAGCGGAAAACAUUAUUUCUUGACGUCAAUGCCGAUCCCAGUGAUCUAGUCCCAUAUAGACCCCAGCCAUGCCUUAAACUUAAGGGGGAGGUUAGGAGAACUCCUUAGAUCGCCUUCGCCUCUGCUAUACUCAGGCCGUUUUGAACUGCUUAGAAGUAAUUUAUUUCAUGCUAUAAAACACCAAUCGGAUGGUUUUGAUUGCUGCAACAGUCAAUGCACAGUUUGAAGGUAUUAUUUUGUAUUUGAGAUGCACACUGACCUCAUAAUUAAUACAUUUCUAUCACAAAUGCCAUUUGUGGUCAUUUGGGUUUUGUGGGUUGCUUGCCUGAGAGACUGUUAGGGAAUGAAUUGGAAAUGCAUUUGAGCUCCCAGACGAGGAGCUUGAAUCGUUGUUUAGUCUGUCCUGUAGAACUCAACGGGCAUGUGGUUUGACGUAAAUUUUUCAUUGCUUAGGAAUAAUGGGUUUGUUUUGGGUGGGACUGAAUUUGGCUACUAUACUUAAACCGAGGAGUAAAAGCUAAAACAGAUGAAGGUACCCAUUGCACUAAAUUUUUUGAUUGUGAUGUGUGUAACGUUUGUUGUGGAAUGGCGCCCUCUGUUGUCUCUAUUGAUUUAUUUUGAUUUGGAACGUCUGUUUAUUUAGUUCUAGAUUCACAGCAGAGUUCAACAUUCAUUCCUAAUCCUUUUAGUAUAUUUGCAUGGCAUUGGAUUAUUUAUCUCCAAAGUGCUGCAAGGCUGAAUAUGAACUGAAGGUUUGUGUUUUGGAUGUGUGAGGGGCAAGGGAAGUUGUGUUUGCAGACUUGAAGUCGAGAUCUCCAGGUUGUCUCUUGUGCUAUCUCUCUUACGGAGACGAUUCAGUGCCUUCCCUGCCUGAGGCUGGGCUUCCUCCACACCCCUUUUUGUCUUAUGCAAGCCCUUUCUACAAACCUCUGUUAAACCGUCUCUUUGUAAUACUGUAGCCAACGCUUAGUGUGCAUACAUUUUAAUUUGUCUCCGUUUUCUUCAAAAUAUAUUUUUCAAGAAUUUUGGUACCUUCGAUCACAGGCCACAGAAAAAUUGUUUUGUUGUAUCUAAAAUGUAAAUUUUUUAAAUAAAUAUAUAUAAAACAUGCAAAUAUCUAUUUGAGACUGUGUGCGUGUGCAUAUAUUUGCAUAUAUACACGCACAUGUGUAUAUAUAUAAAAAGAAACGGGGAAAAAAAAUGCAUUCUUUUGUGGAGUUGUGGAAAGUGUCUAUUUUUCUAUUCUUUUCUUUGGCCGGUGUAGUUAUGAACUUUACUCUGCAAUUAGGUGACUAAUGUCUUGGAAAUAAAUAGUUUUGAGUUAU